AUGGCAGAACAUUCGAGGUCAAAUGCCCAAGAUUUUCACCAUUUUCUAGGAUUUGGAAAUGUCUGUAGAGCAUGCAAAUCAUUUGUGUCGAGUUGCUACCCAGAUAAGAAUAAUGGGUCUCCAAAAAAAGCAGAAAUUGAUGGAAAAAAGUCAAAAUCCAUUGAGGAAGAUUUCAAGAAUUCUACAGACAAAGAAGGCAUGCAAGAUUCAAGACUGAAGCCCCAUGGAUCUCCAAAAAGUUUUUUCAAGCACAAAGCUUCUAAUAAACACUUGAAAAGCUCCUCGUCCCAGUCAAGAAGCGCCAGCAGAAAUCAGGCGGCAGCCUCACCCUCCCUGUCGAAAAGCAUGAGCGGUAGGAGCAGCUUUGACAGCAGAAGUCAGACAGCGGCCACACCCUCGCUCUCGAAAACUAUGAGCCGUAGGAAUAGCGUGGAUGGGGCAUCGGCAGCGGCCCCACUUUCGAGAAUGGCAAGUAUCAAGAGGGGCUCAACUCCCAUAAUGUAUUCCAACUCCAGUGGACUGAUUAAACCCCCCUCAAUUGAGCAACAACUUGAAUGCACACUCGAGGAGUUGUGUUUCGGAAGCAUCAAGAAGAUCAAGAUCAUAAGAGAUGCAAUCACAGACGAUGGGCAAAUUAUAGAAGAAGAUGAAGUGCUAACAGUGAAAGUGAAGCCAGGAUGGACGAAAGGAACACGAAUAACAUUCGAGGGCAUGGGGAACGAGACACCGGGCACGUACCCUGCAGAUGUAAUCUUUAUCGUCGCAGAAAAACGACAUCCCUUGUUCAUCAGAGAAGGAGAUGAUUUACGGUUAACGGUAGAGAUUCCAUUAGUAGAAGCUCUAACAGGUUGCAAUAUUUCAGUCCCUUUAUUAGGAGGACAAGAAAUGAACUUGACAAUUGAUGAGAUAAUUCGUCCUGGUUAUGAAAAGAUUUUACAAGGACAAGGCAUGGCAAUGCAGAAAGAAUCAGGCAAGAGAGGGAAUUUACUUAUUAAAUUUUUAGUUAAGUUUCCUGAACUGACAAAUCAACAGAGAUUUGAUGUUGUUAAUAUUUUGGCGAUUGAUAAUUGUUGA